GUGCGCGAAGAGGUGGCAGGUGACACUUUGACAUACGAUUCGUUUGAUUGACAGUCGUUCUAAUAUUUUUCAAAAUGUAUUUUUUGGAAAAAAUUUGCAGGAUAUGUAUUCAAACUGGGGUUCCUUUAGUAGAUUUAAAUAUGGUAGAUUUCGACUCAGUCAGAUUAAGUGAAAAACUUCAAAUUUGUACUAAAAUGGUUAUAGCACAGGAGACCAUUUCAUCAGAGAUAUGUGAAAAAUGUGUAAACAAAUUAAGAGUUUCUUAUCACUUUCAAGAGAUGUGCAACAAAAGUUCUAAACUUAUACAAAGUUACUUAGAAAAACUCACUGGAGAAUAUAGUUGUACAGAGGAAGGGAAAAUCCAAAAAGAUCUUGAACAUUCUGAACUAAAUGUUGAAAUAGAACAAAUACCUAAAAGUGAGAUUAGAAAUUUUGGUUACAUUGAAGAAAAUGAAGAAGAAAUAAGUGAGAUAUGUAUAAAUAAGGACAAUAUUCUUCAACCUGGAUAUAGUGGCAAUUUGCAAUAUGAAACAUCCGGAUGUAAAAGGAAGCAAAGAAUUACUAAACAACAAAGAUGUUCACUUCUUAAACAACUCUUGACCCCUGGCAAUAAGCCUAAAAAAGAGAGGGACAAAACUAAUUAUAUUGAAACCAGCAGCACUAUAUAUUAUGACAAAGGUGGUCUUAAAAACAUUAUUGACUUUACAAAGAAUUACACAUUUAGUUUUAAAUUAGACAAAAAUUCAAAUAUUGAAUCAACACCUUUAGAUAAACUGACAGCAUUUUCUACAAAUUUUUUCCAAAGAGAUUUUAAUGAUUUUCAAACUCAUAUUUUACAUGUUAUACAAAAUAGGGAUAAAUAUGAAAAUAUUAGUGCAUUUUCUACGGAUGAUGAAAGUGAGACAAGUGAUAGUGAAGCGAAUAAUGGAAUAGAAAAAGAACAUACCCAUUUCGAAGAAGUAAUAGUAGAACCGGACAUAAAAAUUAAAAGUGAAUUGGAAUUUGAUGAUGAUGAAGAAGAAGAUAAAUGUCCAUUAGAUUAUCUUGAAACAUCAUUUGAAGAAGAAGAAGAAAUGAAAAUCAAAAAAGAAGACUGCCAGUCUGACCAAGAGACUGAAUCGCUUAGUAAAAAAAUGGAUCAUUAUUCUACUCCGCAUCAUUCAAAUUACUAUCAUAGUCCAGGUAUAAAAAAUAAAAUUCUGUUCCAUAGGAGUCCACAUACAUUUGAUUUAAAUACUGUAGAUUUACAAUUAGGAGAACCUAACUUUAGUUUAAGCCAAGACUCUUCUCAUUCUGUCAAAUUAUUAGAUAGAUUAGUUUCGAGUUAUCCUCUAAGUUCUAGGAAAAUAUUUUCGCCAAAUAAUGUAAGGUGUAGAACAAGAAAUAAUCCUUAUAUCAAUCCUCUACUAAAGGAUCAAUUCUUGUUUAGGAGUUUUAAAUGUGAGCUGUGCAAUAGAUAUUUUAAAAGUCAAGGAUACUUGAAGGCACACACUUCAAAAGUUCAUUAAUGAGAGAUGUCAAAAAAACUUGCAUUCAAAUAUCUUUGACAAUGCUUUAAUGAUGGUUUAAUCUCAGUUCAGAUAACCUAGAUUUGAAAAUUUAUUAAUGUAAUUCAGAUUCUGGUUUAGAAAUUUUAAAUGUGAGAUGUGCAAUAGAUAUUUAAAAAAAAAUAAGGGGGGGGGGAUGUCAAGGAUACUGGAGUACUUGAACUUUACUACAGAUACUUCAAAAGUUCAUUAAUAUGUCAGAAAACUUGCUUUAAUGCUAAAUGAUUGCUUAAUUUCAGUUCAGAUAAUCUAGAUUUGUUAAUGUAAUUCAGGUGGCUGAACUGAGUUUGAAUUUAAAUUAUAGAAAUAAUUAAAUUAUUUAUCUUUUUACUGAGCUGGUGAUGGAUCUGUUAUACGGCUUCACUUAGACUAAUUCUAUUUGAAGUGGAAGUCUCUUUAGAUAAGGGCACAUUUAUUAAUGUGCCACUGUUGAAAUAAUCUGUGAAUAUUACUAAGAAACUUAUAUAUUUGAUUGCCAAGCAAUAUUAAAUGUUUUUAAAAACUAAAUGUUGUGAAUAUAAAAUAUUGUGAUGUACUGCGCGUCCUCUUUAGUGUUUUAAAACUAUUUUAUAGUUUAUGCACUGUUUGCUCUAUGGUGGUUAUUCUGUUACUUUCCUCAAUUUUUUUUGAUCAGAUUAUUGACAGAAAUUGUAUUAAAAUGUCUCCGAUUUUAAGUUAAUACUUUCUUACACUGUGGCUCAAAGUGAAUAGAUUAAAAUCCUUUGAUCUGCAUAGUCUUUAACCUUUAUGUGAUGUGGUUUUAUUAAACUCCCUCAUGCCAAAGCGAGUACAAGAUCUUAAAUUAUAUCUAUUUAGUUGUAGUAACAUGAAUUCAGCUUUGAGCAGAAGAAAACAAUGUUUGUGUUUGUGAUAGUAAUUACUUAGUUUUCAUUAAAAUGUGCUUAAAGUACAAUUAAUGUUCCUACAAAUACUUUUGCAAUGUUGUAUGGACUUUCUCUCAUUAGAAAAUAAGAGGUAUAAAUAAAUAUUCUUUACAAGUGAAAUUAAAAAACUGCUUAAGGUUUAAAAUCUUGACAGUAAUUGUUCAAUCCGAAUUUAUACAAUAAGUACUUAUAAUAUUUAAAUGUUUGUACCUUAUUCUAUAUAAGAAUAUAUAUUGUAUUGUAUUUUGUACUUUUAUUUUGUUAUUAAAUCUUUCUUAUUAU